AUGUGGGAAAAUAAAAAUUGGAGGAGAAGGUGUGACAGCAGGAACAGGAAGGUGGUCGAUUACUCCCAGUUUCAGGAAUCAGAUGAUGCUGAUGAUGAUUAUGGAAGAGAUUCGGGUCCCCCAUCCAAAAAAAUCCGUUCGUCUCCCCGCGAGGCCAAAAACAAGAGGAGAUCUGGCAAGAACUCUCAGGAGGACAGUGAGGAUUCAGAAGACAAAGAUGUGAAGACUAAGAAAGAUGAUUCACACUCAGCAGAUGAAGAUUUUGGCAGUGAAGACGACGACGUAGGAGCUGACGAUGGCAAAGCCGACAGCGACUAUGAGAGCUCUCAAAAAAGCAAAAAAGGAAAGAAAGCUAAACCAGACAAGAACAAGAGAGCAGCCUCCAAAUCCAGGAAAAGGCCUGCAGAGGACAGCGAGGAUGAGAAGGAAGAUCACAAAAACGUUCGUCAGCAGCGGCAGGCGGCGUCCAAAGCAGCCUCCAAGCAGCGGGAGAUGCUGAUGGAUGACGUGGGGAGUGAGGAGGAGGAGCAGGAGGAUGACGAGGCACAGUUCCAGGAGACAGAUUCAGGAAGUGAUGAAGACUUCCUCAUGGAAGAUGAUGAUGACAGUGACUAUGGCAGUUCAAAAAAGAAAAAUAAGAAAGUUUCCAAGAAAUCCAAGCCAGAGAGGAAAGAAAAGAAAAUGCCCAAGCCCAGGCUAAAGGCUACAGUGACCCCCAGCCCAGUGAAAGGCAAAGGGAAGGCAGGUCGCCCCACAGCUUCCAAGGCAACAAAAGAAAAGACCCCAUCCCCCAAAGAAGAGGAUGAAGAGCCUGAAAGUCCCCCAGAAAAGAAAAAAUCAGCCAGCCCUCCACCAGAAAAGUCAGGGGAUGAGGGAUCUGAAGAUGAAGCACCUUCUGGUGAAGAUUAAAAUGGCAGUUGAGGAAAAUCUUUGUUUAAAAAAAAAAAAGAGGAAAAAAAAAGAAAAAGGAAAAGAAAACAAUACUUAGGGGUAGAACACGGUUUUGGCUGUGGCUUGACUCAUGGGCUUUGAAUGCUGUCUUUACUUUCAGCUGUUUAAUACAGUGUAUUCUUUUUUAAUAAGAGGAAACCCUUCUACAGUGAUAUUUUGAAGUCAAUGUUCUCUGUUGGCCAUUCCGUUCUCCCUCCCCUGCCAAAUCUGAAAAGCCAUUUGAGACAAAUUAACAGACCAUUCAAUAUUUUACUUUUUUUCAAGGGAUACUGCAGUUGUGAAGCAAUAAGGUUUGAGACUGAUCUGUGGAAACCAUACUUACAAAUCCUUAAGUAGAAUAGAUUUUCCCAGUGCUGGUAAGAGCUGUUUAAAACUAUUAUUCUGUAUUUGGAAUACAUGGAAAAAAACUAAUGAACCUCUGCUUUAACAGACUUUGAGAUGAGUUCACUCUCAGCAGAAAUGUGGUUGAUCAAAUUCCAGUGGAGGAGGAUGGAACACAGGGAGGGAUCCUGUGAUUCUUGGAUUCAGGCACGUUUUUCAUGGAAAGCAAUCAAGAAACUCGGAGAUGCUCCAGUGUCUUUGAUUUAGAAAAGACCCUCCAGUCAGGAUGGGAGAUCUUUUGUCUCUGCUGGAUAGAAAACUCUUCUGCUGUAGGCAAAUUGCAGCCCAUGCCAGACAAAAUUCAGAUAUUCAACCUACAGCCUUGCCACAUCCAUUCACCCUUUUAUUCCUUCUGUAGAGGGACAAAACAGGGAAGAGAAAUUGCAGAAUCACUUUGAAAACUGCUUUCCACUGGGUAUCAUGGAAAACGUGUUUAUUAUAGUUUUUUCCAAGGAAAAAAAAAAAAAA